AUGGAUCAAGUGAAGCAGCUGGUCGGCCUGAAUUCAAGUACGGCGGAGGCGGUCAGUGGAUCUAACCAGAUUGGGAAUUGUGCCACCAACCCCCAACACUCCCCCAAAGCUAGGUACUCCAACGAGUUUAUCAACAACAGGAUUAAUCACGAUCUUGGAUCACCGAUUGAUCAUAGAUCUACCAACAUAAUCACAUGUACCGCCACAAUCGAGGGUGAAACUCCUUCAUCCACUUCCAAGGCACAAUUUACACGUGGGCACCGUCGUCGUUCAACCCACGUCACUCGCCGUGACCUUGAGAAGUUUCAGACGGAGGUCUUGGGUGUUGAAAACCACGCCAACUACUACGAGGAAGACGACUCCUCGGCCCCACUCGAUAUUAGCGAUCCCGAGUUUGAUCGCCUCAACCUUGCUUUUGAGCAAACAUCGGUAUCGAUGAACGGAAUGCCUGGCAAUCAGGGAGGCCUGUUUCCUGGCUCAUAUACGCCUGAUAGCUCACCUGGCACCCCAAACAUGGCCAACAUGCCCAGGCAGGCCAUGUCCCCUGCCCUCCCAGUUCCUGGUUCACAGAUGCACGGUGGUGCUAUGGCCGCUAUUAAUGGCAACAUCGCCUUGAACGCCGGUCAUCAGAUGGAUCUCCAUCAUCUUUACGAUAUGGUAUUGGAACUGAGUGAGGUUCUUAAGAAUAACCGAGAGGUUACUAAGAACAUUGUUUCUAGCGCCGAAGAGAUCAUGACUAACGUUGAUGGUCUUGUAGCAACUAGGAUCUCUGAACUCGAACGAGCCCUCGCGAAAGAGAAGCGACAAGUCGAACAUCUCAAGAACGAACAGAUAGAGAAUACGAGGUUGAUUGGGGAUUACGAAACCGCUGUGGGCACGAUGGUGGAGCAGGUCCGGAACUAUUGCCAAAACAACAACAUGCAUUACCUAUCCUUAAAAGGCCACUACAACAAUCUCCUUCAAGCAGAGCGGGAUGCUCAUCUGGAAAGCCGACUUGACCGUGAUUAUUGGCAUGCUCAAACAAUGAAAUGUGCCGAGAUGAUUCGCACUGCGCAUCGGCUACGAUCGGAGGAGGAGGAUGUGCCUAUUCGAAUUGUCACCGGUCUCCAAAAUGAGGUUCGUGCAUACCGUAACGCUCUGGGAAUGGAGGUGGAAAACCCCGAAGAUGAAUACGGCUGGGAGAUUCUCAAAGACAUACCGCAAGCAGAAUGA